CUGACUUUCCUCCAGUGCAUUCUUGAUCCUACGGAUCCGGAUGGACCAUGUAUUCCCUGUCAGAAUAUCUCACGAACCUCAAAGAAGACAAUUCACCGAACUCCGUGUUUUCAUAACAAAAUUACCGAUACUGUGCUUUUCCGUAGUGGCGGUCUGGGUCUGACACGGCGCUGGACAGGCACUGAGAUGAAAAACAUUGUCACUCCUCUUCAAGCUCGGAACUUUCGGACGAUCGAAUUCACGCAAUCGGCGGAACAAAAGCCGAUCGUUAUCAAAGUCGUACCCUUCGAACCCAUUGAAGGCGACAUCACAUCAAGAUUUUGGACUGUAAUCGAGAAUGGUGUGGUCGUUCAAAAGUCCAAGGAGAUCAAGCCGUUUUGCCUGGCAAAUAUUCGCCGAACAGCGAUCUACUUCGAGCAGUAUAUUAAAGAGAACGCGAUUCCGGACUUCAAGCGCCGUGGAGCACCAGGUUCCAGAGUGGAUGCGCCCAUGAGCAGUUAUGACCCCAUACAAGCGACAUACCAAAUGGCAGUCGAACGCUGGGAAAGCCUCCCGGGUGAGGUGAAAGCUUACGAAGGGGGCGCCCUAGUGGCUAAUCGAGAGAAACGACUCUUGGGAAAUUUAUUUACUCUUUCGUUUGCGAUACGCCAAACCACCGGAAGCGCGUAUAUUUGUGGCGAAGACACGCUGGACAUGGCUCCGGAAACAGACGAUCCGUCAUACCCAUUGAAGGGGAAAGUCUCGCUCCCGCGGAUGCUGCUCGCUCAAUUCGAUAGCAUAAACCAUACGAAGUUACUAGUGCCCUUAAGGAUGAAGGUGCUACGCGAGCUAGAGUACCUCAUCGUGCAAAAUAAGAAACGCUACUGGUUUACAAUAUACGUCUGCUUAUUUAUCUUGCUGCGAGAAGCGAGCUGGAUCACACAAGACCGCUCUCGUCACGCCAAAGCAGUCCACCAAGCAAAGAUUCGUUACUCUAUCCCGGGGUUUGUGGAAAGCCUCCAGGAAGGGUGUAAUACCUUGCUCAUGUUUUGGCAUUACUACAAUUGUCGGCCCAUGCCUGCUUCAGUUGACGCUGCAGCUCACCACACAUCAUUUUUGUCAGAACUCACAGUAGAGCAGUAUAACCUGGUUAUGUGGACCAUGACAAAUUCGGGUGUGCAAGAACAGCUCUCCAUGUGGCGAACCUACCGAACGGAGAAUGGCUUCAUACCCGAGCCUGAACAGCCUCACGACGGAGAGACGGCGUAUACGGGAAACCAGCGCAAGUUACCAUGGGAUCACCCGUACUACUGGAUUGCCCAACUCUUUGAAGAAGACUGGACUCCACAUCCCACAUACAAACAAGAAUAUAUAUAG